UCUGCGGGGGGGCCCCGGGCCCGUGUCCGGCCGUCCGCAUCUCCGCGGGGGAAAGGUGGAGCAGACAUGGAGGAGCUGGCGAUGACCAUUCCUGGCGGGCGGUGGAAGGAACGCGGUACUCAGCGGCUGCUGCUCCAUGUCAUCUCCUACAUCCAGUUCCUGCAGCACAGGAUUGAAGAGACACAAAGCAGACUGCCCCCACCUAUAGGUCACCAGGGUGCACUGCCGCUCUGGACCCCGAGUCGUGGUGUAGAGGUCACCUACAAACAGAGAAAGGCAUGCCCAGGUGUCAGGAGAAGACGGCGAUCGAGGGGUGAAGGGAAAAUUAAACUAACGUCCAAGGAAAAAACAUGGCAGACGCUGGUCCCAUACGUCUCCUCCUCAUCCUCUGAUAGUGGUGAAGGCAGUCCGUGGCUCGUCUGCGUGUCUCCGCUCUCUCCGCACAGUCCCUACACCCCACAGUCCUCUUCAGCUGCACCCCUGGAGCUGAGCCCAUUGCUGCUGUCACCUCCUGCUGAUCAUCUUCCACAAGGUUUAUUCGAGGAGGUGGAGAUCAGCUCUUGGUCAUCUGAAGAUGUUAAGGACCCUGCCGUGGCCGCAGCCUUCUCCCUGGAUCACAGCUAUCAGUCUUCUGGUAAGAGCAGCAAGCACUGCCCCCUGCAGUCAGCCAAGGGUAGUGAUGUGGAGGCCAAAUGCCCGGAUCGCAGCCAGAAGCCGCCAUUGGAGGGCACCUCAAGAUCUGGAUAUAGGAGACGAAUUCGAGCGUAUGGAGCAAAAAACACAGCCAGGAGACUGCAGGCGCGCUCCACCACAUCCAGGGAUGACAUGGCGAGCUCCGGUCAUGACACAGGGACGGUCCCGAGGUCCCGCACAUUCUCCCGGCUGCAGCAGCUUAGGAAGAAAUGUGUGAAUGGAUUCAUCAUGUUCUGCAGGUUAAACAGGCGUCUGUACCUGAGUGCGCACCCGGGCAAAGCAUCGACUACCGCAACCAAGGAUCUGGCAGAGCUAUGGAGAGUGAUGUCAGCCCGGGAGAGGCGCCCAUAUUGUAUGAAGGCUUUGCAGUUCAGCCUGCUGAAUGAUCGUUUGGUGAAGAGCGGCUCCUCGGGGCUCCCACAUGAGAACGUCUCUCCACCAAAGCCUGUGUCCGUGCUGCUGGCAGAGAAGGCUCGACACCAGGAAGUGAUGGAACCCGGGGCCCAAGAUGCAACAACUGAUGACCGGGGCACCUUGAUGUGAUCAUCUAAAGACCAGAGUCCCCCAUAUUACCUGCCGAUGACCAGAGUCCCCCCGUAUUACCUGCCGAUGACCAGAGUCCCCCCCAUAUUACCUGCCGAUGACCAGAGUCCCCCCCAUAUUACCUGCCGAUGACCAGAGUCCCCCCAUAUUACCUGCCGGUGACCAGAGUCCCCCAUAUUA